AUGCCUCUUACAAUCAAGAUCGAUGAUUCAACGAUAGUGAAGGCAUGGGUUGACGUGGCCUUCGCGGUACGCGAAGAUUUCAAGUCUCACACAGGAAACAUGAUUUCCAUGGGCAAAGGCGCUUUAUAUGCACGUUCCAUGAAACAGAAGCUCAAUACAACAAGUACGACAUCUCAGGAGCGAGUUGGAAGUAGUAUUUUUGGAGCUGGCGGACAACGUACGGACGGCAAGAAUAUGACCAAAAUGACCAGACCAAUGGUGACAUGGGCAGACCGCGUUCGCGGUUUCGCAGGUGGGAUUGCCAGACCAGAGUCGCUUGGUCCCGCGCAUAAGAAAAGACUACUAAAUAGGUAA